CGGUGAUUGAUGGAGGUUUCGUAUUACAGUUGGAACACCAUGGUGCAGAAGUGAAGAAUCCUCUGUGGACGGCAUUAUGCUUAAUCACAAGUCCGGACCUUGUCAGUCGGAGGUACAUUGGGAUUAUCUGGAAGCUGGUGCGCAAAUUGUUCUCACCUUUUCAUAUCAGGCAACGUUGCUUGGAUUCGAGUCAAGAGGAUACAUCAGAGAACAAGGAAAGGAAUUUUUGAGGCGAAGUGUCACGUUGGCAUGCGAGGCGCGUGACAAGUUUUGGAACGAGUAUCAACAACGCGUGCAGAAACACGAAGCAGCUCCUGGACAAUAUUGCCGCGCACUAGUAGGGGCUUCAAUCGGAAGUUACGGGGCAUAUUUAGCAGAUGGAUCCGAGUAUAGUGGAGAUUAUGGUCCUGAGAUGACUUUAGAGAAGCUGAAAGAUUUUCAUCGCGAACGACUUUUGAUCCUUGCCGGAGCUGGACCGGAUAUUCUAGCACUUGAAACUAUUCCGUCUUUUCUGGAGGCAAAGGCUCUCAUCGAAGUUCUGGAAGAGGAAGAUAUAAAUGUUCCAGCCUGGAUGUCUUACAUUUCAAAAGAUGGGAGGAAUGUGAGCUGGUAGAACGAAGUGAAAAAAAUUGUGGCUUUUGGCAUCAAUUGUACUCCUCCUUCUUUAUGCGAGGAACUUAUCUCAGAAGCUCGCAAGAUUACAUCGAAGCCCAUCGUGGUCUAUCCAAAUCGCGGUGAAGAUUGGAAUGCAGAGAAAAAGGAGUGGAUUCCAUCUACGGGUGCUACUGACGAGGACUUUAUCAACUAUAUUCUCCGGUGGAAGAAAGCAGGCGCAAAUUUAUUCGGGGGAUGUUGCCAAACUACUCCAGCUACCGUGAGGGCUAUUGCCAAAGUUUUGCACCCACAUCCCGUGUCAAGUAAUUAGUAGGAGAACUUGCAGUGGCAAAGUAGAAGUUAUUAGAAUCAGUUAUAGUUUAAUAAACAGAUGAUAGAGUACAAUCUUGGUAGAUGAGAGAUUUCACAUGCAAGGAAAGAGUGAUUUGUUUCCACGAGUUGGAAGAAGGAAGGAGAGGGAAUAAAAACAUAGCGAUGGGAUGCGUCGAUAAGGUUCUUGCACUUGGUGCACAUCCCUUC